CGGUAUGGGCGGGGGAGCGUUGACGUCCUCCCUCCAUUGAUCUGCUGAGGAGCGUGUUGCUGCUGCUGCCGCCGUUCACCCCAUCGGGAAAAAAUAACAGCGACCGUCUCUCUCUCUCUCUCUCGUGUUGUACGGCAGAAUCAUCCUUACUUGACAGUGAUUGUGGGACAUUAUACGUACUCUUGUGAAGGCAGUUCGUACAUAGUCUGGAGACAGGGUUCAGAGAAAAUCUAACGAAAAUGGGAAUGGUUCCGAGCGCCAGCGCCACGGGAACACCUGAACUACUGGGUAACUAGCAUUUGCCGCGAGUUUUGAAAAUUUCUGCCAGUGCGACAGAGAAUAUAGCUAUAUAUAUACCUGCCAGUUGGUUGUUCAUCGUAGUGCUGACUGGGCUUGUCUCCAAUCUCUGACCUGCUGAUCACAGAUGCCUCCUAACGUUAAAAACAUGAGGACUGACUGCAAAGUGUAUGUCGGUAAUUUGGGUAAUACCGAUGCCAAACAUGAGUUGGAAUCUGCAUUCUCAAAGUAUGGACCUUUGGUGAAUGUUUGGGUUGCCCGAAACCCUCCAGGAUUUGCGUUCGUAGAAUUUGAAGAUCCAAGAGAUGCCGAGGAUGCCGUUAGAGCCCUGGAUGGAACGCGAAUGUGUGGUGUGAGAGUCAAAGUAGAGAUGUCGACCGGCCGUUCUCGACGCGAUCGUUUCCAUUCCCCUCCUAGACGCGGAGGUGGUGGUCGAAGGUCCAGGUCGCGCUCCCCAAGGCGUUACGGUGGUCGUGGUCGAUCUCGCUCUCGUUCUCCACGACGUUCCCGCUCCCGGUCACCAAGAGAAGAAAGCCAGCCAGGUCCUUGUGAAAAAAGGCAAAGAAGGGAAAAAACUCCUGAAAAGCAGCUACCAGUUGCUUUUAGGGAAUGGGAUUCCCCUUCCAAACAACGACUCUCUCCCCAUCCCUCCUCUCCACAUCCAUUUCCACAGAUCCAAAGAGGUGCACGUCGUGGAUCUCCAAGAUAUGAUGACUAUCGGCGCCGUAGUGAGUCUCCAGCUUUUAAAAGACGCAGCCGUUCAAGGUCUUAAGUAGCCAGGACAAUGGAAUCUUCUUAGAACAAAGGAAGCCUUGCUUAAAGACUCAAGAUGAUAAUGAAGUUUUUAAACCAGGCUACAAGGUGCAUCAUACUGUAUAGCUGUCCUUUGUAAGUGAUAAUUUCCUAUGCCAGGGCCCAAAAAUUACAUUUUUAUUUUUAUUACUAGACUUGACUUUACUACUUAUUCUUUAGUUUGCCAGUUUGGUUUAUGAUGUCACAUGUAUUUUUUAUAUGGAAAGAAAAUCUUUUUCCUUGGCAUAGCCAGUUGUGUUGUAGAAUAUUUAGUAAUUGUAAAUGGAUAGUGAUAGCUACUGACUGCUAUUCUUUAUUAAACUGGAUUUAGAAUGAGUGUUGUAAGGAUGUAUGCUGUCAUUCAAUCAAGAAGAAUUUUUUAAGGAUGUUAUGAAUGGAUGUAUAAAUGGCAACCCCAUGCCCUUCUCAAUUCUUUUAUCUGGCAUUAAAGCUAUGAAGUGGAAUAGGCAUUACACAAUAAUGACAAGAUCUGCUAUCACAGGACAAGAUCUCCAAAUUGGGAAAGGUAAGGGGCAAUUCAGUAUAGGGUAAGGUUACAAGUUGUGAAACUAAUAAAAUUUCACAAAUUA